UCCACUGCACUCUGCUCCCGUCGUACGCCAAGGCUUGGCUUCCCCGCCUCCAUUUGCGGCGCAGGCGAGUGGCCAGUGGGGCGGUCGAUCGAUCGACGGAGGAGCGGUCGAGAAGAGCCGAUGCGGCCGCCUCGAGCCCGGCCGACGCAGCCGGCGGCGGCGAGGAGCGCCGCGUGGCCCGUCGGCCUGCUCGUCGCGCUCUGCUUCACCACGCUGCCGCUCUUCCUCGCGCUCUCGCCGGGGCGGCCGUCCCUGCUCGACCUGUGGCAGCAGCUGGGCAUCAGAGUCACCGUGCACUACGGUACCACGCGCUCGUGCUCGCUCCGUACCCGGGACGUCCUCCUGGGCGGGCUGCUCUCGCCGGACGUCGACGAGGCCUCCUGCCGCAGCCGGUACCUCUCCUCGCUCCACCGCGCGCCGUCGCCGCACGCCCCGUCGCCGUACCUCGUCUCGCGGCUGCGCAAGUACGAGGCGCUCCACCGCCGGUGCGGCCCCGGCACGCCCUCCUACGACAAGUCCGUGCGGCAGCUCGCCUCCGCCCGCCACAGCAUGGGUCUCGCCGAGUGCCGCUACUUCGUGUGGACGCCGCCCGGGCCCGGCGGCGACAGCCACCACCUCGCCGACCGCGUGCUCUCCAUGGCGUCGGCUUUCCUCUACGCGCUCCUCACCCGCCGCGUCUUCCUCGUCGACAUGUCCGGGGACAUGGCGGGCCUCUUCUGCGAGCCCUUCCCGGGCGCGACGUGGGAGCUGCCCCCGGCCGCCGGCUUCCCCGCGCAGAACCUCACGCGCCUCCGCCGCGGCGGCGAGCGCAGCUACGGGAGCCUGCUGGCCUCCAGGAAGGUCGGCACCGAGGACCCCGCCGGCGUGCGGUCCGAGUCGCUGCCGUCGUACGCGUACCUCCACCUGGCGCGCGACUACCAGCUGCCGGACCAGCUCUUCUUCUGCGACGCCGACCAGACCGUGCUGGGGAAGGUCAACUUGCUGGUGCUGCGCUCCAACCUCUACUUCGCGCCGGGGCUUUUCCUCGUGCCGCAGUUCGAGGACGAGCUCCGGUGGAUGUUCCCGGCGCCGGACACGGUGUUCCACCACGUCGGGAGGUACCUCUUCCACCCGUCCAACGAGGUCUGGAAGAUCAUCGCGGGGUACUACGCGUCCUACAUGGCCAAGUUCGACGAGAGGAUUGGGAUUCAGAUCACGGCCCGCGACAGGAACCCCGUGCCGGCGGCGGAGGCGUACUUGAAGCAGGUGACGGCGUGCACGAGCCAGGAGAAGAUCCUACCGGAGAUCGACCCCGACGCGGCGUCGACCGACUACGAAGCGGCCGCGACGGCGAAGGCGGUGCUCGUCAGCUCGGCGCAGCCGGAGUACGCCGAGAGGCUCAGGUCCAUGUACUACGAGCACGCCACGGUGACCGGCGAGUCCGUCAGCGUGCUGCCGCAGCCGGGGGGCGCCGGAAAGCGACCGCAGAAUAACCAGAAGCUGCUGGUGGAGAUGUUCCUGCACAGCUACUGCAACGUGUCGGUGGUGAGCAGCUGGUCGACGGUGGGGUACGUCGGCCACGGGCUCGCCGGGGUGAGGCCGUGGCUGCUGCUGCCGCCGCCGCCGAGGAACCAAACGGUGGCCAACCCGCCCUGCGUCCGGGCGACGUCGAUGGAGCCGUGCUUCCACGCGCCGCCGAGCUAUGACUGCAGGGCCAAGAAGAACGGGGACCUCGGUGCCGUUCUCCGGUAUGUCAGACACUGCGAGGACGCGGACGAUGGCCUUAAAUUGUUUGAUUGAUUUUGAUCAGAUCAGAGCAAGUAACAGUAUC